AUGGGUCAAAUCGCUCAGCAAAUAGCAUCAAGUUCUCAAGCACAAGGUGUUCUACCUAGUGCAACUGUGCCCAAUCCUAGAGAGCAUCAUAAUGUGAGCGUUGUGACAACACGAAGCGGUAAAUCUGAGGAAGUUGUUGAGGAAGUAGAUGAAGAGGAAAACCAAUUGAUCGAAGUGGACCUUGAGAUCAAAGAAAAUGAAGUUGUUAGAGAAGAAGUGGUAGCACCAAAACCAGUUGUGAAAGAAACAGUCAUUGAGCCCAAGCCGGUUGUUGAGCUCCCAUUCCCCACGAGAAACAAGAAAAAAGGACAACAUGAGAAUUUUUUUGAAAAAUUCUUAGAGUUGUUAAAGAAGCUGGAGAUUAACAUUCCUUUGUUGGAGGCACUUAAACAAAUGCCUACUUAUGCCAAGUUCAUGAAGGACAUCAUUUCGAAGAAGCGUACCACCAACACUAACUCGAUCAUUCUAACCGAAACUUGUAGUGCUAUUUUGCAGGGUAUGAAGAUUCCGAUAAAGAAGGAAGAUCGAGGAGCUGUCACCAUCCCGUGUACUAUUGGAGAUAGGUCGUUCAACAAAGCUCUUAUUGAUCUGGGAGCUAGUGUGAGUCUCAUGCCUUUAUCCAUUUACAAGAAGCUUGGUAUAGGGGCGGUGCAAGAUACCAGGAUGACACUCCAACUCGCAUAUCAUUCGGUAAAGAAACCGUAUGGUAUUGUUAAAGAUAUCCUGGUGAAAAUUGACAAGUUUGUAUUUUCGGUCGAUUUUGUAAUUCUAGAGAUGCCGGAAGAUAAAGAGAUCCCUCUCAUUCUUGGUAGACCCUUUUUGGAGACGGGAAGAUGUAUAAUCAAUAUAGAAGAAGGAACCAUGACGUUGAAGGUUUAUGAUAAGGAAGUGAAAAUCAAUGUUCGAAACGACAAAGAAGAUAUUUGCACCAGUCACACUACAAAGGUUCUGAACCAAGUGACGACAUAUGAUGGCCCUUUGAAUACACCACCACCACCUUUGAAAAGAGUGUUGAGCUUGUCCAAGUCCUAUAGUGAUAAAGAAAAGGACAACGGGGACCCCUAA